AUGGUUAAAAUUGAUGGUCAAUUAGAGCGACAGAUCGGAGCGGGUGUGGGAAGAGUAGAGAUGAAGCUGAUUGAGCCCGUGUUGACCACUUUCCACGUCGCGAAGGUAAGCUCUAACAAAGUGGACGACACGAUCCGUUACCUCUCACUGCACGACAAUAAGUACAUCCGUUACUUUCCCGGACACACCAAGAAAGUGGUGACACUCUGUAUGAGUCCCGUCGACGACACGUUCCUCAGCGGUUCGCUCGACAAGACUAUACGUCUGUGGGAUCUGCGGAGUCCUAACUGUCAGGGAUUGAUGCAUCUGUUGGGCCGACCGGUGGCCAACUUCGACCCCGAGGGCCUCAUCUUCGCGGUUGGGAUCAACUCGGAGUCAGUGAAGUUGUAUGACUUGAGGUCCUUCGAUAAGGGGCCGUUCAAUACGUUCAAACUUCCUCAGGACAAGGACUGCGACUGGACUGGACUCAAGUUCUCGCCCGACGGCAAGAUUAUCAUGAUUUAC